UCUGAGCGGGUGUGUGCGACGCCUUUUCUCCGCGACCUAACGUAUUCCAACACGAUAGCCGAACGACGCGAUCUGUAAAAACUCGAAAAAUUUUAUCUUACCUUCAUUUCAAUUUAAUUUACUUAAUUUUAGUUGGUUUUCUUUUGUGUUUUCGUGUUGUGUUUCAUUUUCACGGGUGAAAAUAUCAUUUUUAUUAUGUGAUGUAUCACUGCCACAUGGAUCCAAAACAGCAAUAAACAGGAAAUCUGAAGAUGAUAUUAUUGACAUUGUUGUUACUUUAGAUUCUUAAGAUGAUUUUGAAAAUGGGAGGGAAGUCGCCGCCGGCGAAGGCGGAGAAACCUAAAGAGGAGAAGAAAGAGCCUAAGAAGAAGCAAGAGAGAUGUGACGACAGAUGUCCAGCAGAUCCGUGGACGUAUUGCGUUGUGUUGUGGUGUGCGUGCGCGAUGAGUCUGAUCUCUAGCGGGUAUAGCUUGUACAAACAGCAAGGGUUGCAAGAUAGGUUGUUUUUGCUGGAAGAGCAGCACUUGGCGCUGAGGAGCGCAGUUCUGGAGCCUCAGCAGCCGCUGGUGGAGAGGUUGAGGAGAGAAGUGUUGUCGCGGCCGCCGCCGGACGUGUGGAGAGCGCGGAGGAGCAUCAGGGAUUAUGGUGAUUGCGGAUGUCCACCAGGUCCGGCCGGGCCGCCCGGCAAGCGCGGCAAGAAGGGCAAGAAAGGCGACUCCGGGGAGCCCGGCCCGCCGGGCUUAACGGGGGCGCCUGGCAAGAACGGAUUCCCGGGAAGCAAGGGCGAGAAGGGCGAGCGAGGUUUCAUGGGACCUAUCGGAUUGGAUGGACCCAAAGGUGAUCCGGGCCGACCGGGAGACAAGGGGCAGAAGGGCGAGCACGGCAGCCCCGGCUUCGACGUCUUCUCGGCCGUCAAGGGAGUGAAGCGAUCCGUAGACAACUUUAAAAUGAGUCCGUACACGACGGCGGAGAUCAUUGCCGUGAAGGGGCUGCAGGCCGCCGGCCACAACGUCUCCGCGCACACCAUCAUACAGCUCAAGGGAGAGCCUGGAGAACCAGGUCCACCAGGGCCUGCUGGGCCCCAGGGCCCCGAGGGCUUGCCGGGGCACGACGGGCGCACAGGGCCCCCGGGGCCGGCGGGCCCGGCUGGCGCAGCGGGACCCAUGGGCCCCGCCGGACCCAUCGGACCUAUUGGACCGGUCGGCCCCGCAGGACAUAAGGGUGAAAAAGGCGACAAAGGCGAGCGUGGGUUCACGACGACGCUGAAGGGCGACGCGUUCCCGACCGGCAUCAUCGAGGGCCCCCCGGGCCCGCCCGGACCGCCUGGCAAAUUAGGAGAAGCAGGACCGCGAGGUCCCCCGGGGUUGGACGGGGCUCCGGGGACGCCCGGGCUGCAGGGCCCACCGGGGAAGCCGGGUGAAAUGGGUCCAAAGGGAUCUAAGGGCGAGUACGGAGACAUGGGCUCGCCGGGCAUGCUGGGCGCGCCGGGGCUGCCGGGGCCGCCGGGCUACCCGGGGCUCAAGGGGGAGAAGGGGGACAAAGGGGACUCGAAGUACAGGAAGCUGAGGAGAAGACAGAAUUUGCAGGGAGACGGCACCGGGUACGAGCUGUACGGACACGAAAUUAUGAUGGGUCCGCCGGGCGCGCCGGGGCCGGCGGGCGCGCCGGGCGUGGCGGGCCCGCCCGGCAUCAAGGGCGACAAGGGCGAGCCCGGGGUGCGCGGGAAAGCGGGUGAAAGAGGGGAGAAGGGAGACGCUGGACCCAUGGGUCUUCCGGGUCCCGUAGGCUUGCCGGGCGAACAGGGCCGGCCGGGCGAAAUCGGAUCACGAGGCCCCAAGGGCGAUAAAGGAUACAAAGGAGAGCCUGGCCCGGUGGGCAAGCGCGGCCGCAAGGGCGACAAGGGCGACAAGGGCGAGCAGGGCGUGCCCGGGCUGGACGCGCCCUGCCCGCUCGGGCCCGACGGCCUGCCGCUGCCCGGCUGCGGCUGGCGGCCCAGCAAGGAGGCGGUGCUGGCGUGGGUGCGGCGGCGGCUCGACGUCGACAACGACCUGCCGGCGUGACGCGGGCGCGGCCUCAGCCAGCGGCUGGAGUCACUCCUGCCGGCUACUGAAGUCCAAGCGUUGCACAACUUGAAACAAAUAGAUGACAAGUUAUAAAUCACUAGUUUUAGUUCUAAGCUUGCCCGUUAGCGUUCUAAAACUUAUUGUUGAAAUUAGGCAUAAUAUCUACUAAUUGGGUUGUUUAUUAUUGUAGUCAUUAAUUUUAACGGGUUCUUUUAAAUCUAUCAUUAUUCUACGAUGAUAAUAACUUAUAUGACGUAUAUUUUCAAUGAAGGAGUACCUCGUUCUAUCUUUGUAAUUACCAGCCAUGACUUGUUUAUCAUAAUUUAAUAUGUCAAUCUUAUUGAAAACUUAUAGCUUAUUUUAGAAAACAUGUACAUAGAGUACCAGCAAAGAGUGAUAAAAUAUUUUCAUAAGAUUAAUUUUCGUCAUUAAUGAAAUAAUUCACACCUCUCGUAUGUAAGUAUAAGAAGUACCAAAAGACUGUAUAAUAUUCCGGAUAUAGAAUGGUAUGAAUUUAUUAUAAUGUAAUAAUAUUCUUAAGUUAGGCUACGUGGUCAUUCAGUCAUUUCAGAACUGUUGGUUCUAUCUACCCCGCAAGGGAUGUAGGCGUGACUAUAUAUAUAUAUGUAUGUUGGCUACGUGACUCAUUAAUAUGGUUUCAAUAUUAUUUUUUUCAUACAAAUUUCAAUAAAAUUUACAGCAAAAUUAUGAAUACAGUUAAGUUAACUUUGAUUGUCGGUUAUAUUCAAAGUGUAAUACUUUUCCUCGCACUGCGCGCCAGCAAUAAUACCUUGCUUGGUUAAAACGACGGAAUCGAAACGAGCCAGGCCCGCUACGAGAAAGAGGAAUUACGUUACAAAAUAGCCAACGAGCCAUAGACUAGCAACCGCCUCCAGUCUCUUCCCUCGUGAUAAACUAAAACAUGUCAAAUAAAAGUACCUAGUAAUCCAGGCGCGCCGCGACGGUACAGGGAUAUUGAUUGUAAGGAGGCAGUGUUUCCGAUCAUUCAUUUGUAUAUACUGUGCAAGGAUGUAUAAUGUUCAAAGUCGGUACAUGCAACUAAUGUAUCUUUUUUAUUUCAUAUCUUUUUUGUAAUUCUGUCUUUAUUUUUAUAUCCUAUAAAAUUCGUAUACAUUUCAUUAUCCAUUACUUACAUUUACGAACUUUGUUAUUAUGAUUCAAGAGGCGAUGAAAUUCGGUCGGCCAUUCUAUGAAAUGGAAAAUACUCGCAUUUGUCUUUUUUUUUUUUUGAGUUAUUAGAAAGCCUUAAACAAACAUUAUUUGUUAGAUUAAAAGAAAACAGAUACGUAAUUAUGUGGUAUUUAUUUCACUAUACGAGCCUGCCGCCGAAUAUAUAGUCUGCCUGUCUGUUUGUUGUGUGUUCGUGAUAGAGUUACUACUUAUAUAGUUUUUGUAAAUAUAAUUUUAAAGUAGUAGGAAAAAGCUCUAAUAAUAUUACUCUAAUUUUAUCUUAUUUAUUUACUGUUUACAUUUUAUUCUACUAAUGUCUUUUCCAACAUAAAAACAAUUUUGAGCCAAAGUAAUUGAUAUUUCAAAUCUUUUUUUCAUAUUUAAAAAUAAUUGUAAAUAGUAUAUUCUCUUUACGUAAAAUGGUAUCGAAGUCAUCGUCCUCCUCGAGCAUGGGGCGACCAAAUUUCAUUUUUUAUGAUUGUAAUUCAGAUGCAUUACUUAUGAUUUAGAACAAUGUGUAGAUUUGUACUUUACGUGUAAAUAAAAUAUUGUUAAUUUUUGA